AUGCCUCCUGCCGAUGACGACUUCGACAUCUAUGGUGAAGACGAUGGCUUUGGUUCCGUUAAGGUCGAGGCGAAUGACGACGACUACAACCCUGCUCAGGACGAAAACAUUUCUACGCUGGCCCCUGGGCAUUCGCCGGUAGUGGGCGAAAAACGUCUUCGAGAAGACGAUGAAUCCGAGCAGCCCCAGCCACAAGAAGCUGCGCAGAACGGGGACGGCGCGCAAGACGUCAAGUCCGAAUCUCCUGUCCCCCAACCGUCGAAUGGCGGCAACGCAGUCGCGAACGGCGCGCCCCCGAGUGGAACGGGUGCGGAGGGGAUGGGCGGCGCAGGCCAGAACGAUGCGCUCUAUAUCGGCGAACUGCAGUGGUGGACCACUGAUGAGGAUCUGCGGCAAGCCGCGCUCAACCUUGGCGUUAUAAUUGACCACAAGGACAUCACGUUCUCGGAGCACAAGGUCAACGGAAAGAGCAAGGGAAUUGCGUAUAUCGAAUGUCAUAGCGCCGAAAACGCAACGCUACUAAAGAAUUGGUUCGACAAUAACGACUUCCAGAACCGUCGGCCCACUGCCAACUUCACCAACUCUGCGAAUGGCAAUCCGUUCCGGACACUGCCCAAAGAACCUCCCCCGCGCGAUCGCGCACAUCAAAACAGCACACCCAACAACGUCGGCCGCGGCGGCGGUAACAUGCGUGGCGGCAUGAACAACAUGGCUAACAUGCGCGGAGGCAUGAUAGGAGGGGCCAUGCGAGGCGGGAUGCCCAACAUGAUGAACAACAUGAUGGGCGGCUUCCCGAUGAACAACUUCGCGAACAACGUGGGAGGCAACUUCAACGGCGGGGGUGGGCGUGGCGGCGGCAUGAUCCCCCAAGGCCCGCGCAUGAUGCAGAACGGCGGUGGGGGCUUCACGCGCGGCGGCGGCAUGAUGAGCGGAAUGGGAAAUAUGGGCAUGAUGCAAAUGGGCCGCGGCGGCUUCAACGGAGUGCAAGGCCACUUCAACCCGGCGUUCAUGCAAGGCGGCGGCGCUGGCGGCGGCCAGUUCCAAGACGGCCCCAGAAAACGGUUCAAGAUGGAGGGCAGCGGCUGA